AGUGAACAUUUUCAAGUGAUAGUUUUUCCCCAUAAUCAUUGUGUUUACCAGCAUUUGUUAUCAUCGUCAUUGUCGUUAUCAUCAUAUUCUUGCAUCAUUUUUUGGUUACAUGGGAAGACAGAGACGAACACAUGGAAAAAGUAUUUUUCUCAUGUUUUAAAGCUGAAAAUUCAAAAUAAAAGGAAACAAAAUAGGACAAGAACGAAAAGAAAGAGAGAGAGAAGGAGAAAGCAAAAAGAAAAUCUGGUUAACUGGUAUCACAACAGUUCGAAAGGAAAUUGUCUAGUGAAGACAAAGGAAAGAAAAAGAAAAUCAUUCAACUCGUUUUCAGGUAACAUUAAAUGUGAUAUGGAGAAUGACCUUUAUCUUAUCAAUGGCAGUCCAAUGAGUUGUUUCAUUUUAUCAUCAUCGCCAUCAUCUUCAUCCCCAUCAUUUUUAGGAGGGGUAACAAAAAAAUCACCUCGAGUAAAAGGGAAAAAAUCAAAAAGGAUCCAUAUCAAAAAUUUUAAUCGUAAAAGUGUCAAACUGGAUACUCGAAAAGUUAAUUCAAUCUUUAAUCGAAUUGAAUAUUUUAUUGAAAAUUCACCAGCUUAUUGUUCAGAAAAGUUUUACAAAACAUCAACCUCAUCAUCUUGUGCAACCUCAUCACUAUCAUCAUCAUCAUCAUCAUCAUCAUCACCUUCAUCCUCAUCUCAAUGCACAAUGACUAGUCGUUCAUCAAUUGGACACUCUAAACAUCAACCAAAUAUUCAUUGUAAUCAAUCACAAGAAAAUAAUCGUCAAUAUCAACGUUCAUUUAGUGAAGAUUUAGAGCCGUCCAAAAUUUUGGAAACUGGUGAUACAACUUGUUGUCCCACGGAUGCACCAACCAUCGCCCAAGCACUAUGGCGUCCCUUAUGGCCUCCUGGAUGGCGUCCAAGAGGUUCAUCAUCUUCUUCAACUAAUAAGUGUACCACAAACACGAAAAACUUUCAUAAUAACAUUAACAGUAGCAAACGUUCAACUGUUCAAAGCAAUAAUAGUAAUAAUAUUAAUUGUAGAAGUGAUUUUAACAGUAUUACCGGCACCACGGGUAAUACACUGAAAAAUAUCUUUAAACGCCCACUCAUUAUUAUGAGUGAACACCGGGAAGAUCCUCGUUCUUUUGGUUCUUCUAGUGUAUCGGUAACUAAUUCAGGAACCGGUAACGAAGAUGAGAGUGGUAAACGAGGAGUCGGUGUUAACUGUAUAGUGAGUGGAAAAUUGGGUGGAGCUGGAGAAAGUGAGGUUUUACUUGGCAAACGUUUAAGUGAAAAAUGUGUUAGUGGUAAUUCUGCUAUUAAUGCAUCAUCAUCCACUUCAUCUUCCUUAAACUGUUCACAAUCUAAGUCUCAACAGCAACAACAAUCUUCCAUUAAUCAGAAACAGUCAACAACAGCACCAAAUAAUCGGCUUAUAACCCUGUCAACGGGUCGUCUUCGUUUAGGACCAACUUCGAAUGAUGUUUCAUCUUCCCUUGAGGAAUAUGAAUCAAUGGAAGCCUGGUUAGAUGAACAUCCCAAAUUUUUAUGUGAUUAUGUUAUAAGAAAAGCUCCUAGAUCAACAAUAGAUGCUUGGAUAUUGGCUCAUUCCAUUCCUCAUUCAGCGGGCUCUUCGUGUGGAACUUCAUCAGCUUCGGCUCCAGCCUCUGGCGCUGCUACACCGGUUCGUAAAAUAUCAGCCCAUGAAUUUGAAAAGGGUUCAUUGUUUCUUCCGCCCAUGGUGUCAACAACAGAAGAAGGUAUUCCAACAUUUCUUCAACCGCCAACUCGAGAUGAUUAUCAUCCAUCAUCAUCUUACCUUUCAUCAUCAAAUCAACAUGUAACCAACCUCCAUUCUCAUUAUCAACAACAAUAUUUCAGUUCCAAUCUAUCAACAACUGAAUAUAGCUAUUUAAGCUCAAGCUCAUUAGGACCAUCUUUAACCUUACGCCAACCUCAACUUACAUCAUCAUCAUCAACAACUUCAUCUUCUUCCACUUCCACUUCCACUUCAUCAUCAGCAGCAGCCUCUGCAGCAGUGGCAUCAGCUAUAAAAGCGAUAAUAUCAUCAUCUUCAUCAUUAUCAACCACCACAACAAUCACUUCAUCAUCAACACCAUUAACUGAUAUUUCAUCUCCAUCAUCAAGUGUUCAACGAUCACGUUCUCAGUUCGAUGGUCUUGAUGAGAAGCAAUUAAUAUUUGAAUUGGUCAAAGACAUUUGCAAUGAUCUUGAUGUUGUCAGUCUAAAUCACAAGAUACUUAAAAAUGUUUCCCUUCUCACCAAUGCUGAUAGAUGUUCACUUUUCCUGGUCAAAGGUGAACCCGGUGAUCCAAAUAGACAUUUUGUUCCCACCCUAUUUGAUGUUUCCUCAAAACCAGCAUCAUCAACAACAUCAACAACAACAACAACAACUAAUAUUACAAACAAUAACACUCAAAAUGCUUCACUAAAAUUAGAAUCAAUUAAAGUUCCCUGGGGCCAAGGAAUAGUAGGUUAUGUUGCUGAAUCAGGUGAAUCAGUGAUUAUUGAUGAUUGUUAUAAAGAUUCACGUUUCUCUGAUUUAGUUGAUCAAAUGACUGGAUUUAAAACUCGAAAUAUGCUUUGUUCACCUAUUUUUGACAAUUAUGGUCAAGUAAUGGGAGUAGCCCAAGUAAUUAAUAAAUUACCAAAGAGCCGAUUGUCCAUUCCAUCAGCUGGUUCAUUGACAAUCAACAACAACAAUCAAAAUAAUACAAAUAAUUUAUCUGUUUGUAGUAACAACGUAAAUAAUAGUAGUAAUAAUAUUAAUAAUAAUAAUACGUCAGUGAGUUUUACUCUUGAUGAUCAACGUAUAUUUAAUCAGUAUUUACAAUUCUGUGGCAUUGGCUUGAGAAAUGCACAACUUUUUGAAAGAUCUCAAUUAGAAAACAAACGUAAUCAAGUUUUACUUGAUUUAGCGAGAAUGGUUUUCGAGGAACAAUCAACAAUCGAUCAAAUUGUUUACCGUAUUAUGGUUCAUAUUCAAUCGCUAUUGGGAUGUGAACGAUGUCAAGUUUUAUUGGUCUCAGAAUCUUCAUCUCCAAGUGAUUUUGAUCCAUCCAAUGAGAUUGACAUGAUUGAAACUGAAUCAGUUGAACAUCAAACCAAACAACAACUAGAGAUUCCAGAUAACAACAAUUACAGAGAUGUUGAUGAAACUAUUGGUGAAACAAAUAGUAGAACUUUUUCUCGAGUUUUUGAUCUAUCCAUGGAUGAUCUAACAGAUGAAGAUAAACUUUCUGCUGAUGAUAACAAUAAUAAUAAUAAUAAUCCACCUGAGGAUAAAAGUCAUGAAGAUUCAAAGAUGAAUGAAAUAUCCAGUACAACAAACAAUAAUUCAACACAAUUAACAACAACUAUAACAUCAUCACCAUCACCAUCAACAGUAACAAUCAAAAAUCAUCCAUUUGAAGGUCGUUUCCCAAUAAACAUUGGUAUUACCGGAUAUGUUGCUACAACAGGGGAGACGUUGAAUAUUCCUAAUGCAUAUGAAGAUUCAAGAUUCGAUACAUCAGUUGAUUCCUUUGAUCCUCGAGGAUUUGUACAUAAAAGUAUUCUUUGUAUGCCCAUUCGAAAUGCUAAUAGACGAAUCAUCGGAGUCUCUCAGUUAAUCAACAAAUUAAACGGACAACCAUUUAAUAAGAAUGAUGAAAACUUAUUCGAGGCAUUCGCCAUUUUCUGUGGCAUGGGUAUUCAUAAUACGCAAAUGUAUGAGAAAGCGAUGAAAGCAAUGGCCAAACAACGUGUUACAUUUGAGUGUUUAUCUUACCAUGCAACAUCUCGGCGAGAGGAGGCGAUCGCCUUGUCCCGUGAGCCGAUUCCGUCAACACAAGCUCUUCGAUUGGGUUGCCUUGAUUUUCAUGAUUUCUCAUUGGAAAAUGACGACAAGAUGGUUAAAGCUUGUAUACGAAUGUUUCUCGAUCUUGAUCUGAUCAAUCGUUUCUCUAUAGAUUAUCUAACACUUUGCCGUUGGCUUUUAUCAGUUCGUAAAAAUUACCGACCCGUUACUUAUCACAAUUGGCGUCAUGCCUUCAAUGUGGCCCAGAUGAUGUUUGCCAUUCUAGUAUCAACUUCAUUAUGUAAUUCAUUGGGUGAACUUGAUACACUCGCUUUAAUCAUGGCCUGUUUAUGCCAUGAUCUAGAUCACCGAGGAACCAAUAAUUCAUUUCAAAUUAAAUCAAGUUCACCUUUGGCAACACUUUAUUCAACAUCAACUAUGGAGCAUCAUCAUUUUGAUCAAUCUCUUAUGAUAUUAAACUCGGAGGGUAAUCAAAUCCUUUCCAAUCUUUCACCAGCCGAGUAUAAACGGGUUGUUCGCGUGAUGGAAGAGGCCAUUCUAGCAACCGAUCUGGUUGUUUAUUUCACGAACCGUGAAUCUUUUGUCCGUCUAAUUGAAUCAGGUGAUUACCAUUGGGAUUCUAAUGAAUCUGAUAAGCAGCUACUUCGAGGGAUGCUAAUGACAGCCUGUGAUAUCGCCGCAAUAACCAAACCAUGGGAAGUUCAAAAGGUUGUCGCUGAAUUGGUGGCAACCGAAUUUUUCCAACAAGGAGACAUUGAGAAAGAGAAACUUAAUCUACAACCAAUCGAUAUGAUGAACCGAGAGAAAAAAGAUGAACUUCCUCGUCUUCAGGUUUCAUUUAUCGAUUCAAUUUGUUUACCCAUUUAUUCAGCAUUUUCAUCUCUCUAUCCAACAAGUUUAUCACCUUUACGACAAGGAGUGAUCACGAAUAAACGAAAUUGGCUGUACCAAGCACUCGAACAUCCAAGUCUAAAAGAUUGGGCUCUGGAAGAAAUGGAAAAAUUGGAAAAAUCAGAUCAACCCCUCAUUGGAAACGAUGAAAUCGAAAAUAUUGAUUAAAUCAAAUAGAGAAAAAAAAUAUCAUCAGAAUAUAAAUGGAAUCCCUUGUAUCUUAUUAUCUGUUCCUAAUCCAGGACAAUGUUAUCAUGAUAUCGUUACUCUUAUGUAUUAUAUUGAUUCUUAAUUGUAUCUGUUUACAGUUUUAAACAUUUGAUUGGAAAGGUAGAUUUUUCUUUCCAUAUCGAAUAAUAUUUAUCGAGAAUUGGACAAAUUGGUAAAUUUCGCAAAAAAAAAGAAAACGAUGAAGCAAUUUACACGGAAAUUUAUCUGAUUACGAUAAAUUCAUUUAUUCAGAAAAAUGAAUUGAUUUUAAUCAAGUUAUCAUCUCAAUAUUAUUAUUAUUGUAAUAUCAUAAAUCAUCAUUGAAAUUAAUUCAUCAUCAUCAUUAUUACUAUUAUAUAAAAUUCAUUGAUUAUGUAUUAUGUUUACAACCAAAAUACAUCAACAUAUGCACCACUUUUAAA